AUGGGCCGAGUUGGCCCGGGGGAGUGGACGGCGCCAUUUGGUGACACACGGAGGGGAAAGACCCUGGCCUUUCCGCGGCCCAUCCCGGGGAUAGAUCGCCCGGUGUCGAUAGGUCAAGGAGAAAACCCUCGACUCAGCUCGCUCUCUCGCGACCGACAAGCGCCGUCGACCAAGAUCCUCCUCCGCAUCCGAGCUUUUCCGCCGGCGACCGAAGUGUCGUCCCUCGACUUCCUCCGCCCGGUGCUCAGCAUCCACGCUCCGCUCCUCCAGUGUCAGCGGCGGCGAUGGGCCGCGGCCGUCCUCCUCCUCCUUCCCCGUAUCACCCUCCGCCUCGAAGCUCCUGACCCAUCUGGCAACGGCAACGGCAACGGCGGCGGCGGCGGCGGCGGCAGAGGCAGCGGCAGACACCUACUUCGACCAAGAUCCAAGAACAUGAGCACCGGCCAUCUUAAAGCCCACCAUCAACAAUCUCGAGUGGACGGUGUUUGUUCUUAUCUGAAAAGGACAAGCGAGCUAGUAGGUGGAUCAGUGAUAGGAUAAACCAAUUGCAUUUUUCUAUGCUCGAUAAACAGUUGUAUGUGUGCCUUUCUUUCCAUCCAGUAGAGAAGGGGUCAGAUAGCAUAAACCAUGGUCAUGUACUGUUCUCAAAUGAAACAUAGCAUCAACGUAUUGAUCGAGUACUACUCAGAAUGGUGAGCCUUUUCACUAGUCUUGCCAUUUCUUGCUGAUCUAUUUAUGCUUGAAAACAGCAAUGAAACUGAGUUGUAGUAUUGAAUGAUUUACUAAAUUGUUGUAUUCUGAAACAGUUGCUGACUUCCAAAAAAAUACUUAUAAUUCAGUCGGCGUCGAGCUGUGGUUCUCAGCUGACGUGGAGUAGAGGAAGACGAGAUAUCCUGAACAUUCCCUUACAACUUGCAUCUUCAGAAGUGUGGUUGUUCUGGACAUGGAUUUUGAUAAUUUAGCACUUUUGGUACUGGGGUAAAGGUCCAGGAGAAGCCCGCAACUAUCGUGUUUCUAGUAGCUGAAAUCUAUUUGUUCUUAUUGGUGUUGGCCUCAUUGUUCUAAAACUCGGAACCUGUGGAAUAAUGAUGUUCUUAUUUGUAGUGAUAACAUGAGAGGAAGAUCAGUAUUAACUAACUAAGCAAUGCACCUCUAGAUAGUUUUCUCAAAA